AUGAAAGGUGGUCAAUCGAAAACUGAAUCCACGAGCACUGAUCAGAGAUUGAAAACCAGAGGAAGAAAACCUUCGAAGAAAACAACCAAGGAUCCAAACAAACCUAAGAGAGCUCCAAGUGCCUUCUUCCUCUUCCUGGAUGAUUUCCGACGGGAGUUUAACCUAGCGAAUCCGAAUAACAAGUCAGUCGCUAUUGUUGGUAAAGCUGCAGGAGCUAAAUGGAAGUCUAUGACUGAUGAAGAUAAAGCACCUUACGUCUCCAAAGCAGAGAGUAGAAAGAGUGAAUAUGUUAAGAAUAUGCAACAGUACAACAUGAAAUUGGCUAGUGGAACCAAUAGAGCUGAAGAAGAUGAGUCCAAGUCUGAAGUGGACGAAGCAGGAGGAAGUGAAGAGGAGGAAGAAGAUGAUGAUUAA